GGAAAAAAAAGGUUUUCCGGCCUCGCGGGAGUGCAGCGAGAUCCGUGCCGCCGGCACCGUCCCUCGCCCUCCUCGUCUGGCUCGCCCGCCGUGUCCUGUUCUGAGUCCUGCACGCCCUGCAGAUCGCCGACCACCGCUCGAGGGGACGCGGGACGCCCUCCAUGAUUCUGCGCUCCGCGCCGCGUCGCCUCCACCUACUCCGCCCGCACCACCUCCGGCUCCUCUCCGCCGCCGCGCUCGCUUCCGCGGUCCCGAUCCCGGCCCCGGCCCAGUCCCCAAUUGAGUGGGCCGAGGCUCCGCUUGCCUCCGUGCGCCCUGCCACCGCCGACGCAUCGCUCUUCCACGUCUCCCUCGACCUCUCCGCGCACCGGGGGCUCCUCGCCUCCCACACCGCCGCCGGCCAGUUCCUCCGCUUCCGCCUCCCCGCCUCUUCCUACCACAUCUUCCUCGCCAUCGCAUCCCCUCCUCCCCCACCUGCGCUCGAGACCCUAGCCCUAGCCGGGCCACCUUCCUGCUUCGAAUUCCUCGUCAAGCGCCUCCCGGGAACCCCCUCCGCGCGCCUCUGCGACCUCCGCCCCGGCGACCUUGUCCAUGUUGGCGCCAGCGUCGUCGGCCGCGGAUUUGAUGUCGCCAGGAUAUCUGAUGCCCGCGACGUUCUCGUCUUCGCCACCGGAUCCGGGAUCAGCCCUAUACGGUCACUUAUUGAGUCAGGUUUUGCUGAAAACAAAAAAACUGAUGUAAGACUCUUUUAUGGGGUUAGAAAUCUUCAGAGGAUGGCAUAUCAGGAAAGGUUUGAGGAUUGGGAAUCCAGAGGAGUUAAAAUUGUACCUGUCCUCUCCAGACCAGAUAGUCAAUGGACAGGGGAGAGAGGUUAUAUCCAGAAUGUGUUCUCAAGGAUGAAGAAUACUGUAAACCCUCCAUCAGUGGGAGUAAUUUUGUGUGGGCAUAAACAGAUGAGUGAGGAGAUCACAAGAGUUCUUGUUGCCGAUGGUUUGUCAAAAGAUAGAAUCUUAACUAACUUCUGAUCGCCAGAAGGACAUUGUUCCAUCCUUUGUAGAGGUUGUACCUUUUUUUUUUGUACCACAGUCAAGCAGCUACUCUUUACAACCGCACAAUGGCACAAGUGCAAAUCGCAACAGGAAGACAGUUGCGUGAUUACAAAUAAGUUCAUUUUCUUCUCCAUGUGACCACAUUGGCUUAUUGCUGAAUGACUGGUGUAGUUCUCCUUUUUUAGAAAAAGAAUGCCUGAUGUGAAUCUCACAUGCACUGGCUCUAGCUGAGAUGUGUUCUAUAGCAUCUGAGACAUUGAUCCCCUGUAAGGCUCUGAUGUACUUCAGAGAAGGCCCUUUUUGGAGAAGUAAGAAGGGGAUAUAGAUGUAGCAUUAUUCAAAAUUUUGAAUUAAUUGAGUGGAAUGUAAUGGAUGCAUGCUGUUUAA